UUUGUGUUGCUCAGAGGUGCCAUUGAAAUGUCUGGUCGCGGCAAGGGUGGAAAGGGGCUGGGGAAAGGAGGCGCCAAAAGGCACCGUAAGGUUUUAAGAGACAACAUCCAGGGCAUUACCAAGCCUGCGAUCCGUCGUCUGGCUCGCCGUGGUGGGGUAAAGCGCAUCUCGGGGCUGAUCUACGAAGAGACCCGCGGGGUACUGAAAGUUUUCCUGGAGAACGUGAUCCGCGAUGCGGUGACCUACACAGAGCACGCCAAGCGCAAGACGGUAACAGCCAUGGAUGUGGUAUACGCCUUGAAACGCCAGGGGCGCACCCUGUACGGCUUCGGGGGUUAAAUCUCUAGCCCAGAAACCGGCCCAACUAUUGUAACCCAAAGGUCCUUUUAAGGGCCACCCA